AUGGAAGAAGAUUAUAAUAUGGACUAUGAAUAUAUGCUCUCGAAUUGGAGAAGUUUAUAUAAGAAUAAAGAUACUUUAUGUGAUUUCGAACUGGAGAAGUUUGAUUUGGAAGAUCAGUCGGAAUUAUAA